AUGACAACUUGGAACGGCGCGGAGAGUUUCUCGUACAAUCUCACGUACGAACUUGCAUCCGCAUUGAUUCUGAACGCAACGCCGACGCUCGUCAACGAAUGGUCCAUGCCAGCUGGGAUAACCACCGGCACUAUUACAAAGAACGGCACCGAAAUCACCGUAGACACCGAAAAGCCCUUCACAUGGUACGACCGCCAGUGGCAAGCAGGCCCUUCUACGAACUGGACCUGGUUGCAGCUGCACAUCCAGACAGAGGACGAGGAAGACUUCUCGAGGCUCUCCAUCUGGUUCUACCCUGCCGGUUGGGAAGGUGGUCCGGAGAAAGCAUUCGCAACUAUCCGCGAGCAAGCCGGUGUCCAAAUCGUCUCUCCCGCCACGAAGGCCGACGGCUCCCGCCAUUGGACCUCGCCUGUCUCGAAUGUGACAUAUCCUCUGGACUGGACGCUUGAGUUGCAAGACGGCACCAGUCUCGAAGUGAGAAAUAUCCGUGACGAUCAAGAGCUUGCGGACUCUGAUGGCCUGUUUGUGACAUACGAGGGGUUCGUGGAGGUGACGGGCACGACAUCUUUGGGCAAAGCUAUCAAGGGCUUCGGAGUCGUCGAGGUCCAGCCUCCUCAGAGCUCUUGA